CUCCGGCUCCUGCUGGGGCGCAGCGACGAGCGGCGGCGGCUCCGGCGGCGGCUCCUCUCGGACGCCCGACGUCCCCGUUUUCUGCUCGCCCGGUGCCAGGAGAAGUGUCCCCGCGGCCACCCGGGUGCUGAUGUGCCUGGAGGCGGGACAGCCGGGACGAGGGGCGUCGUGGGAUGUGUGUUCACACCUUUCUUUCUGGAAAAGAGUUGCUGGAAUUGUCUUCUGUCUUGCUGUGAUUUUCAUCUUAAUAGGGGUUAUCUUAUAUUCACCUAGAUUACUAGACCUGGAGCCAUGCCCUGAUGACUGGCUAUAUUACAAGAGGAAAUGUUACUAUCAGUCAGGAUCUGUGGCAGACUGGAAUUCCAGUCAGAAGUUCUGCUCUGACUUUGGAGCUUCCCUUGCAGUAAUUGACCACGCCCAAGAUCUGGAAUUUAUAUUAUAUCGAAUGCGCACUAUAGACUUCUGGAUUGGACUACAAAAGACAGAAAAUAAAUUCUUGUGGGUGAAUGGAGAGUCACUUAACACAAACUUGUUUCAUGUCAAUAUAACAGAUGAUGGAGACUGUGUCCAUAUAAAUUCAGCCUUUGUCUCUACUAAAAAGUGCUCUUCACAGAGGAACUGGCUUUGCACCCUUGGUCAGUUUGAUCCAAAGACAAUCUCUUAAUAGGGGACAGCUGGCUGUGCAAAUACAAAGACUUUCUUCAUUAGAAAUUGGAAUUCAGAAUACAGGGAGUCAUUGCUGUAGGAGGUCCACAGGACCAAGGGGUACAGUGGAGGAGGAUCACAUCCAGGCUUCUCUAUGGGAAUCACAGAAUCACAGAAUCUUAGGGGUUGGAAGGGACCUCAAGAGAUCAUCGGGUCCAACCCCCUGCCAAAGCACGUUCCCUAGAGCAGGUUGCCCAGGUAGGCUUCAGAAGGCCCUUGAAUAUCUCCAGAGAAGGAGACUCCACAACCUCCCUGGGCAGCCUGUUAAAGUGCUCCGUCACCCUCACUGUGAAGUUCUUUUGCAUGUUGGUGUGGAACUUCCUGUGCUCCAUUUUGUGGCCAUUGCCCCUUGUCCUGUCCCCACAAACCACUGAAAAGAGGUUGGCCAAACCCCUCAGGUAUUUAUACACAUUGAUGAGAUCCGCCCUCAGUCUUCUCUUCUCAAGGCUGAACAGACCCAGGUCUCUCAGCCUUUCCUCACAGGGGAGAUGCUGCAGGCCCCGUGUCAUCUUUGUGGCCCUCCGCUGGACUCUUUCCAGGAGAUCCCUGUCUUUUUUUGUAGUGGGGAGCCCAGAACUGGACACAGUACUCCAGGUGAGGCCUGACCAGGGCAGAGUCGAGGGGGAGGAUCGCCUUCCUUGACCUGAUGGCCACGCUCCUUUUAAUGCACGCCAGGAUCCCAUUGGCCCUCUUGGCCACCAGGGCACACUGCUGGCUCAUGGUCAACCUGUUGUCCACAUGGACUCCCAGGUCCUUCUCUGCAGAGCUCCUCUCCAGCAGGUCAUCCCUCAGCCUGUACUGAUACAUAGGGUUGUUCCUUCCCAGGUGCAGGACUCUACAUUUGCUCUUGUUAAACUUCGUUUGGUUUCUUCCUGCCCAUCUCCCCAACCUGUCCAGGUCUUGCUGAAUGGCAGUACAGCCUUCUGGCGUGUCGGCCACUUCUCCAAGCUUUGUGUCAUUGGCGUACUUGCUGAGGGCAGACACUAUUCCCUCAUCAAGGUCGUCAAUGAAGAUGUUGAACAAGACUGGACCCAGCACUGACCCCUGGGGAACGCUGCUUGUCACAGGUCUCCAGCCGGACUCUGCACCGCCGAUCACCACCUUCUGAGCUCAGCUAGUCAGCCAGUUCUCAACCCACCUUACUGUCCACUCCUCUAUCGCACACUUUCUCAGCUUUGUCAGCAGGAUGUCAUGGGACACAGCAUCAAAAGCUGAAGUCAAGGUAGAUGGCAUCCACUGCUCUCCCCCCAUCUACCCAGCUGGUGAUGCCAUCAUAGAAGGCAAUGAGGUUGGUCGAACACGACUUCCCCUUGGUGAAUCCAUGCUGACUACUCCUCAUAACCUUCUUCUCUUCCAAUUGCUUGGAGAUGGCAUCCAGAACAAGCUGUUCCAUCACCUUUCCAGGGACAGAGGUGAGACUGACUGGCCUGUAGUUUCCUGGAUCCUCCUUCUUGAAGCAAUAAAGGGAAAUAUAGUGACUCUCCAAAAAGAGGUUAUUGGUUAAAAAUUGGCAGGACCAACGAGAAAAUGAUGAUAAAGUGUCUGUUACAAAGAACAAAAGUUAUUUCUUGGGAAUGCAGUUUCAUGGCUAAAACUGCUGAAGGGCAUUGCAAUAGAUAUGUUCUUUGAGAACUCUGAUGAUAAUCUUCAGAACUGCAAGUCAUGAUUUUUUUUGUGCAGCUGAAAACACUGUGGGACAGACAUGAAUGUCAUACUGAAAACGCAACUCAUAGCGGAUCCAGUGAUGUGACUCUUCCUGCUCUUAAUGGAGUUCAGUAAUUCUUUGACUAGGAACUUUCAAUUUGUCUGUUUGGCAUGUAUCAUAAGGUAUUUUGAUUUCCUUCUUCUUUUUCCAUGGGGUGUUCAAAUGUGUCCUGGUUUUGGCUAGGAUAGAGUUAAUUUUCCUCCUAGUAGCUGGUAUGGUGCUGUGUUUGGGAUUUAGGAUGAGAAGAGCGCUGAUAACAUGCUGAUGUUUUAAUUGUUGCAGAGCAGUGCUUACACCAAGCCAAGGACUUUUCAGCUUCUCGCUCUGUCCGGCCCGCGGGCAGGCUGGGGGUGCAGCAGGAGCUGGGAGGGGACAGACCCAGGACAGCUGACCCAAACUGGCCAAAGGGGUAUUCCAUACCAUCUGACGUCACGCUGAACAAUUAAUAUGGGGGGGCUGGAAGGGGUGGGGGGACUGGCUGCUCGGGGAUAGGCUGGGCAUCAGUCAGCGGGUGGUGAGCAAUUGCAUUGUGCAUCACUUGUUUUGUACACACUAUUAUUAGUAGUACUAUUAUCAUUAUUAUUAUUAUUUUCCUUCCUUUUCGGUCCUAAUAAACUCUCUAUCUUAACCCA